CCGCCCAACCGGGAUAGCGUCUCCUCAGCGGUCCAGGAUGGGGUCCAUGGCGCCCCGGACCCUCCUCUUGCUGCUCGCGGGGGCCCUGGCCCUGACCGAGAUCGGGGCGGGCUCCCACUCCAUGAGCUAUUUCUACACUGCUGUGUCCCGGCCCGGCCUCGGGGAGCCCCGCUUCAUCUCCGUGGGCUACAUGGAUGACACGCAGUUCGUGCGCUUCGACAGCGACGCCGAAAACCCGAGAGAGGAACCCCGGACUCCGUGGAUGCAGCGGAUGGAUCAGGAGUACUGGGACCGGGAGACACAGAUCUCCAAGAACAACACACAGAUUUUCCACGAGAACCUUCAGACCGCGCUCCGCUACUACAACCAGAGCGAGGCCGACUCUCACACCAUCCAGGAGAUGUACGGCUGCGAGAUCGGGGCUGACGGGAGCCUCCUCCGCGGGUACGAGCAGUGGGCCUACGAUGGCACUGACUACAUCGCCCUGAAUGAGGACCUGCGCUCCUGGACCGCGGCCGACAUGGCGGCUCAGAAGACCAAGCGCAAGUGGGAGGCUGCGGGUGAUGCUGAAAACAGCAGGGCCUACCUGGAGGGCGAGUGCGUGGAGUGGCUGCACAGAUACCUGGAGAUGGGAAAGGACACUCUGCAGAGAUCAGACCCACCCACAGCACACGUGACACACCACCCAGUCUCUGACCAGAAGGUCACCCUGAGGUGCUGGGCCCUCAAGUUCUACCCCAAGGACAUCUCACUCACCUGGCAGCGAGAUGGGGAGGACCUGACCCAGGACACAGAGCUGGUGGAGACCAGGCCUGCAGGGGAUGGAACCUUCCAGAAGUGGGCAUCUGUGCUGGUGCCUGCUGGAGAGGAGCAGAGUUACACAUGCCACGUGGAACAUGAGGGGCUGCCUGAGCCCCUCACCCUGAGAUGGGAGCCUCCUCAGGCCACUGUGCCCAUGUGGGGAGUCAUCGCUGGCCUGGUCCUCCUGGCAGCUGUGCUCACUGGAGCUGUGGUCACUGCUGUGAUGAUGAAGAGGAAGCACUCAAGUGAGAAAGGGGGGAGCUACACUAAGGCCGCAGUGUGAGACAACCGCCUUGUUGCAACAGACAUGCUGAAGUCCUCAUCUUGGUUUUCUUCAAAAAGCCCUGCCCUCCCUUCCUGCCAAGGCAUCUGAGUGUGUUCCUGUGGGCACAGUGUGAGGUGGGAGCCUGGCCCUCCCAGCCCAGCAUGGGCUCCUCUGUCCCUGUCUCAAGUUUUGUCAUUUGCUGCAGAUUUGUUCUUCCCUGUGCAAUUCUUUUUUAUUUUUUUUCCAAUUCCAAUCACGAGGUGUUGGUGAGAAAAGUAAAAGAGGAAAUUCCAAAAAUUUGAGAGAGAAAAUAAACAGAAGCACCAAGAACCUUCCAGAA